CAACAGAUUAAAAAAUGUUUAAACAAGCUCAAACGCCUAAUCCAGUUAAAAAGCAAUUAUCUUUAGAAUCAUAAAACCAAGCUGACAGUUUCAAAUUGUCUACAACUAGAGAAAGGCAGGCACAACAAGAACGCAACAAAUGGCGAGUUCACCACAAGCAGAAGAUGUACUUCCCCUGCAAUCUCAACCUCUACCUCAGACAUUCCCACUCCCUUUACCUCCGCUAACACUGCCACCAUUACCGACAUCAAUUACAGCAACGUUCCCAAACACUAGACCGGAAUCUGGGGCUGAAUUCUUGGCAUAUGGAGUGAGAAUAUAUCGAGCAGCACUUAGAGGAGAUUGGUUAGAAAUAGAACGUGUUGCCAGUAUAUCUCCUAAAUGGAUUCGCUCAAAGAUCACCAAAGGUGGGGAAACAGUUCUUCACAUAGCAGCAGCAGCAAAGCAUCUACAUCUUGUUAAGGAGCUGGUUAAUCUCAUGGAUGCAGAUUCUCUUACUUUAGCCAAUAAACUUGGUAACACAGCUCUAUGCUUUGCUGCUGUUUCUGGGGUGGUAAAAAUUGCAGAAGUGAUGGUUAAAAAAAACAAAGAAUUGCCAAACAUCAGAGGCAGUCAAGAUAUGACACCACUCCAUAUGGCGGUGUUGCUAGGGCAUCAACAUAUGGUGUGGUACCUUCUUCAAGUAACUGAUGAUGAACAACUGACGGACCAAGAUCGAAUAGGCUUACUUACCAGCUCUAUCGACACUGAUAUGUUUGAUGUUGCAUUGCAUAUUCUAAGCAAGCACCGCUACUUGGCCCUUCUUCGGGAUGCAAAGAAAGAGACUGCAUUACAUGCAUUGGCUCGAAAGCCCCUAAAGACUGCUUACGUUCAAUUGAACAUUUGGAAGAGGUUCUCAUUGCAAUGGACCAUCGUAGAUCAAGGUAAAAGCAUGGAAUCAGAAGUUGCACUUCACUUAGUACAGAACCUUUGGAAUGAAGUCAUCAGACAGAAGGAAGAGGAUAUAUCUGCACUGAUUGGCUACCCAUGGCGGUUACUAUUUGUUGCAGCUAAGCUUGGGAAGGUCGAAUUCCUAACAACAUUGAUCCAAUCUUAUCCUGAUCUAAUAUGGAAGGUAGAUGAAAAUAGGUACACUAUUUUUCAUAUAGCCGUGAAGCACCGUCAAGAGGAGAUUUUCAAACUUAUAUAUGAAAUCGGAGCAAUCAAAGACUUGAUAGCUACUUACAAAGAUGAGAAUGGAAAUAACAUGUUGCAUUUGGCUGCUAAGUUGGCACCUCCCCAUCGUCUAAAUUGUGUAUCUGGGGCAACUUUGCAAAUGCAACGAGAGAUUUUGUGGUUCAAGGCAGUGAAAAGGAUAGUGAGGCCUGAGUACAUCGAAGCUGAAAACAAUGAUCAUAAAACACCUCAUGCAUUGUUUAGUGAAGAGCAUGAAGGGUUAAGGACAAAGGGGGAGGAGUGGAUGAAGAAGACAGCAGAAUCAUGUGCUCUUGUCGCAACUCUAAUAGCUACCAUGGUAUUCACAGCAGCCUUCCAAUUACCUGGAGGUGUAAAUGAAAAAGGAAUUCCGGUCUUUCAAGAAAAGGCCUGUUUUGUGGUUUUUUCUGUGUCAAAUGGAGUAUCGUUGUUCUCCUCUACAGCUUCAAUAUUGAUCUUCUUGUCAAUCCUUACUUCAAGAUAUGCGGAAGAUGAUUUCCUAGUAUCAUUGCCAGUGAAACUCAUGAGCGGGCUUAUUUUGCUGCUCAUUUCAAUAGCAACCAUGAUAGUAGCCUUCACCGCUACGUUCUUCAUCACUUUCCGAGAAGGUAUAAAGUGGGCUCCUACUCUUAUCGCCUUAAUAGCCUCAAUCCCUGUUACCCUUUUUGCCUUACAGCAGUACCCUCUCCUGGUGGACAUAUAUCAGUCAACCUACAACUCUCAUCAAUCUCUAUUUGAAUCAAGUAUAUCAAAACUUUUCGAGACUACUUCUACAAAGGCAUCAAAUAAUCUCACUCAUCUCCGGUUGCCAGCCUCUUCUCCGCAUGAUCAUGAGUAUGCUCCAACGACAACAUCCCACUCUACAAAUGGUCAGACAACCUUUUCUAGUUCUAAUGGAUCUCACUUCAGCUAUAUAAAACAUCCAACACCCUCACAGAUAGUAAAUCCCAUUGCAUCAGAACAUGGUACUCCUCUGUAAUGGACCACACAAUACCACCUGACAAGUCUGUGUUGGUUUACAGCAGGCGCAAAAGGACAGGGGGAGGCAACCACCACAACAAGGCAACACAGAAUGAGGAGGCAAGGCAAGGGGGCGUUAGCACUACCUGACAAGGAUAACAGCAACUUUAAUUAAUGCUUGUAACAGCUUGCUUAUGUGUAGUAUAAAUAGGAGAAAGAAAGGGAGAGAAAGGCAUUGAGAAUUGUAGUAAUUAUAUGAGAGUUGUGACCUAAAGUCACUGAACUAAGAGACUAAUAGCCUAAAGCUAUUGCCCCUGUAAUUUCUGUCUUUAAGUAAUCCUAAAGCUACAAUCUUUCUC